AUGUCUGGUCGAGGUCGAUCCAGGUUUGCCUCCGGGCGGGGCCUGUCGCAUGUAGCUGCCGUGGUCGGCUCUUUUCUCAUCGCUGCCUCGCUCCUGAGCAUCGCACGACUGUUUGUCGCGACGCCACAGACUGCAUCACGGGGAGCUCUUCUGGCUCGCAGAGCUGCGCCGGCACUAGCGCCAGCCCCCACACGCAGCUCGCAGCCAAGCGCCCCACUUCCUAUCGACCACAGCCGCUAUGGCGAAAAGGUGCGAUGGUAUGCGGAGCCACAGAUGUCAAGGCCUCCAGAGUGGCGGGUGCUGCUCCUGGAUAAGACCUUCAGGAACCCGUCCAACACGAUCUCCAAAGUGGCAGCAUGUCUGGUCGCCACACUGGGCAUUGCAUCGGCCAUGGCGAGGGUCUGCAUUGUGAUGGAACUGGUCAGCGAUCAUUCUAGGUUCAGCACCUCAAGCUUCCACCACCAAGUCUUAACGCCCGGUGAAGCUGUAGGAACUCUGUGGGCACAGACGAAGAGCCGCCCCAUGAGUGUGGCAAGCCCCUGCGGCGGAUGCCCGCGAAAUCACACGCUGGUUUAUGUGAUCAGCGCUCGCGGGGAGGAGGGCCGUGAGCGCAGGAAGACGCUGAAAAAGGAGCUGGAAGCAGCAGGAAUCGCGAAGAACGUCAGUUACUGGCCGUCUGUGGAUCCCAGGACAGAUCCAAAGCUGGCGCAAGAGUUGGGCAAGGAGUCGUGCCCCUGCGACGAGUCGAUGGCACGGGCCCUCACCCACCGACAGAUUUACGAGAAGGUCAUUGACGAGCAGUUGACUUGUGCCACGAUCUUCGAGGAUACCGUGUCCUUCGCUCCGAAUUUCCAGACGCGGCUCUCGACUGUGAAAGAGAGUGUGCCAGCUUUUGAUGUUCUGCAGCUGGGCUACUGCGGCGACGCCCCGCCCAAAGAUGAUCGGAAGAUUCCCAAAGUGAAGUAUGGGCUUCCUGGAGAUGCAAAGUGCUUUCACUCGUAUGUGGUGAGUUUGCCUGGGGCGCUGUUCCUGGCGAAGGCUAAUCGGCCUUUGAAAGCAGCUCCCGGUGACAUGAUCGAUUACCUGAAGGACCAUCUUCACGUGCGACCAUACGUGAGCAGGACGGACAAGAGCACGUGGAACAGGCAGAUGUCCCUUCCUGGAUCGUUCUGGAGCCUGGAUCCCGCAUUGACGUGGCAGUGA